AUGUUCAUCGCGCGAUCAGAAUAUGACCGCGGCAUCAACACCUUCUCCCCCGAAGGCCGCCUCUUCCAAGUCGAAUACUCCCUCGAAGCCAUUAAGCUCGGCAGCACCGCCAUCGGCAUCACCACCUCCUCCGGCACCGUGUUGGGAGUAGAGAAACGCAUCACCUCCUCCCUACUCGAAACCUCCUCCGUCGAGAAAGUAGUCGAGAUCGACCGGCACAUAGGUUGUGCUAUGUCGGGGCUCCAAGCCGAUGCCAGGAGUAUGAUUGAACAUGCACGGGUCACGAGUCAGAGUCAUGUGUUUCAUUAUGCCGAGCCGAUUGGGGUGGAGAGUUGUACGCAGGCGAUUUGCGAUUUGGCGUUGAGGUUUGGGGAGUCAGCGUCGGGGGAGGAGGAGGAGAGUAUUAUGUCGCGGCCUUUUGGCGUGGCGUUGCUUAUUGCGGGUUAUGAUGAGGAAGGGCCGUCGCUUUACCACGCCGAACCUUCAGGUACCUUCUACCGCUACGACGCAAAAGCCAUCGGGUCUGGAUCCGAGGGUGCGCAGGCGGAGCUGCAGUCAUCGUAUCAUAAGUCUUUGACCCUUCAGGAGGCCGAGGAGCUGGUGCUGAAGACGCUGAAGCAGGUGAUGGAGGAGAAGCUGGAUGCGAAUAAUGUGCAGCUUGCUAGCGUGACCAAGGAUAAGGGGUUUAGGGUGUAUGGGGAUGAGGAGAUGAAGGCUUGUGUGGGGAGGAUAGAGGGGGACUCAUAG